AUGGAGGCAAGUUGUAAGCCAAAUGUUGAUGGUGAUUUUAAAACGAUUCGCAACAUGUGGAGUUUCAAAGCACAAGAGCAGAAUAAACUAUCAGGUUCAGCAGUCAAACCAUCUCGUGCAUGGUGCAGGCAAGAGAAGAAGGAGACAAGUUCUUCGAAAGCAAAUGUGCCUACUGUGAAGAUAACGAACGACAUGGCAAGAGAAGAACCAUCAGACUAUGUCAUUUCUCCAUUCGAGCCAGAACUACCAUCGAUUGGCGACGACUUUCUCCUAUCGUUACCACUACCACCACCACCAGCACCGAUCAUGUUUCGACAUCAUGCGCAAAUGGUGACUACUCUCAAAGGCUCGAUCAAGAAAAUGACACCGGAGGAGAAGAAAAACGUUCUUGCAAAAGUUCGAAAAAUCACUGGUCUUCAUCGAUGGAACAUCACUCGACAUGUUUUUCGCAGUGGUCUAGCCUUAAAUCUAAAUAGGCGAUCGUCAGAUAGCAUUAUUCCAUUGCUGAUUAGAACACAUCGUGCCAAUCAUUUGUCACGUGCAGAUAGCUCGGAGAGUACAUACAGUGAGAACCCCUUUGAAAAACUCGUCGAUUAUUUAUCGUGCGAUCGAGAAGAGAAGGAAACGCGUCCAAAGCAAGCAAAACAAAUCAAACGGUCAAACUCCGACGCUGUCGAUUGUAUGGAACGAAAUCGAUUAGAUGAGAUGAUCACACAAUACACAUUGAUAUUAAAACAUUUGAAAAACUACGAUAUAUUCAUGACACAACAUCCAGCAACGUCCUCGGUUCAAGCAGUUCAGCGAGGAAAAUCGUUGGAUAAUGAAAUAAACAGUCCAGCAGCUGCCAGGAAGGAAGAAUUAUUUAAAAAAACAAUAUCAUCACAUCGACAAACACAAUCUUUGUCACGAGAUUUUGGUCGUACAUUCGCUAAUUUCGUUAUGAAUGAUCUUCACUACAAUCAAGCAGCUAAAUCCAUUGUAGAAGAACGGAAAUGUUCGGAAUUCUCUGAUGCAUUAUGUCAAACUGAAGAAAUUCAUCCACCGGAUGAACCAGAACCAGAAGAGAGAUCAGCUGAUUUAGCUGAAGCUGCACAAAGCCCCGAACUGAUUGAAACAAAUCCAGUGUCGAAUGACGAAGAAGCAAAUCAAGUGUUAAAUGAAUUAGAUAAAGUAUUGGAACAUCAAUCGUCGUCACCACCCACUAUUGAAGAUAGUUAUGUCGUUGCACAGCCAUCGACAUCUCACUCGAACGCUCAGACAGACAAACCCUUAAUGCAGUAUUUAUUCGAAGGAAAAAAAACAGCAUACCAUCCAGAUCAUCUUACGAUGAAAUCAGUUCGCUUACCCGAUCAAAUGCUGCCCGUAUUUGAUAUUGCUAAGAAGAAAUGUUUUUUCGACACCGAAAAGCCUCUUUACACAACCAUGGUACAAAAAAUACAACGUCGAUCCUCUUCGCUACACCUUCGAAUCUUUUGUGUCACCACUGAGCGUAUCUACUACAUCACAAAAAAGAAUCCAUAUCCUAAAGAAGUGUUGCUAUUUCGUCAAAUUCUUGGUAUAACUUGUUCACCAUAUAAAGAUGGUUUCGUUUGCAUUCAUUCAAAAGAAUCACACGGUGAUCGAGGUGAUUGGCUUAUGUUAACAGAUUAUCCAUGUGAACUAGUCACGCGAAUAUUUAUGGCGAUGGGACGAAAGUCAAAUACGGAUCUAUUUCUGAAAUUUCAAACAGACUUUACAUAUUGUCGACGAUUUUCUGGGGAAGCUGCUUCAUCGGAUUGCCCAGUCGAAAUUCGUUCAGCUCCUGUAUUUUCUUUAAAACGAACAAACUUCGAUAUUCUUGUUAUUAAUACACCAUAA